AGGCCGAGGUGGUGAGCGGUCGGCAUUAUCGUCUCGCGAGCAGCUCUCUUACGUACGGUUGCGCAAGAAAUUACAAUUUUUAACAAUCGCGAUGGGUUAAAUCGCGCGUUGUGAUUUUAAACGUCGAAGCCCCACCUUUGACACCAGCCACGCUACGACGUGGACGCGAACAACUUUGCUUACCUUUUUUCCUCACGUUUUUCUUACUGUCGUACGUGAAGUUUUUCUCCCUCCCUCUCCUCCUCCUCCUCCUCAUCCCCCCACCCUUUCCAACCAUCACUCAAAUCCACCCCCGACGCAAACUUUCCGCGCUCGUCGUAGCGAAAUGUGCACGCGAUUAGUCAAAUUUAUUACGAUUAUUGUUUACGGUGUGUGAUUGAUAUAUCGUGAGAAUUAUUACUGCUUUAGAUGUAUCAGAGAACACUCGUCGUACCCGGUUGUACUAAAUAUUUGUCUUCUUUUUAUAAUACAAUUUUCAUCGCUGCAAAGUUGUGCGGUUGUUUAUAGCAGUUUUGUUUUAGUUGUAAUCGUAAUAUUGUUCGGAUAUAUAUUGUGAAGUUUUACUAUUCCGUUUGUACGUAGUCGCGUACGUAUACGUGUACCACACACUUUUUCCCAUCUCAUUCUUCUUUUUUGCCGCGUAUUCAAGCUCCAAUCUUUGAGCGACGUGAAUUGCGAUAUUGUCGAGUGAAGGUAACCUUCGAUACCUUUAAUAUUGUGCGGGAGUUUUCGCGUCGACGGAAAUAUACAGGAUUUGGUAUCGGGAAGCUUCCGGUAAUUUAUAUCGAGGAACCAAAGUACAGUUAUGUGCUGCACGUUGUGAACGAAGAAACCCGGCGAUUGUGAUUCAAGGAUCGUGAAGGAUUUCGCAAACGGAGUAACAUUGCGGACGAAUAGGUUGAGUCAGUUUCGCUCCGACACGCGUUCGAGACUUUGAGGAGAGACUGAAAGACAAGUUUUUAAUUCCUGUUGUCAAAGUGUUGUGUUGAAUUUUUGUCUCGGAAUGCGUAAGAAGUAUAGAACAAAAAAAAUCGUAAAAAAUCGACAAGAACUAGAUCAAAAUUCGAUUCCGAGGAAUGAAAAGAGGAGAGGGAAAAUCGUAUCGUGUUCCGUGAGAUAGGGAGGAUAUUAAAAAGGGAGAAAACCAGCUGUUUGUUUUAUCGCACAAUGAAAAUCGAGGAUCGGGAUAUCGUUCAGGAAAUGAAAAUCUGCCAGCAGCAGUCGACCUUUUCUUGAUUCAACGGAGGAUUUUAUAAUGUGAAAAAAAAAAUAAUAAUAAUUAUUGCCAACAUUGCGGCAAGAAUCGGCGUAUAAUUAUACAAUUUCGAAAUUGUAUAAAUCUUAUAUCCUGGAGCAAACGGGAAAUAAACGAAGGAAGGGCAGAGAACGAGGAACGAGCAAAUACUGGAAUAAUUAUACCUCCAGCGGUAAUAAUAUAAUUGUACUUAAACCUAGCGAAUCGAUCGUUGAAAGAAAUCUGUCGUUUAUAACUCGGUUCGAUUAAUAUGAAGAUCUCAUCGAUUUCAUUUUCUUUAAUAAUUACGAUGCUUGAAUAGCGAGUAAAAGCCGUGCGAACGAAGAUGAUUAUACCUGUAUCGCAAUACGAGAAUGUGAUAUAUAUAUAUAUAUAGAUUAACGAGAAAAAUUUAAACCAUACUAUACGUUUAUAAAUAUACGCACGAAGACGAAAGAACAAGAAAGAAAAACGAAACUGCGAAACAAGUACCUUAAAACUACCAAAAUUAAAUAUACAUAAAUAUAUAUGUAUAAUAAUAACAUAAAUGCGUAUGCAAGACUCUGUGUCGACUUUGAAAAUUAAUCAAGUGUGUAAACUUAAUUUAAACGAGAGUUAAAAAUUUACAGACUUAUAGAUCGAGCGGUGCGAAGAAACUGAAGAAAAAAAAAUAACGAGCAAACAAGAAUAACGAAAAUCCACGUUUGAGAUUCGAAGCCCGGCGCCGACUGAAUAAGUUGCGUCGUCCAACAGCAACAAGUUAUUCAUACGUACAUUCAUCGACUCUUUGCCGUGGCUUGCGUGUGUAUAAAUAUACGUAUAGGAGAUAAUUAGCGACAUUGUGGAUUGUGCGUAUAUCGAAGGCGCAAAACACCGCACGUGACUUGUCACAGUUCCGCUGUAGGUACAGCCUUAGUGAUCGUGGCACGGCCUAUUUUUCAAUCCGGAUAUAUAUGUGUAAAUAAUUGAAUAUAUUAACACGAAGGAAAGGAAAAAAAAAGCAAGAAAGAAAGAAAGAAAGGAAGGAAGAAAUUGCGUCAGAUUGUGGUUUCGUGUUAUCAUUGUAUACAAUUGUGCGAAUCUAUGAUGACGAUGAUACAUUUUGUUGUUGUUGUUGAUUCGGAGUUGCGAGAUGGAUGGAUAGAUAGAUAAGCGGCUCGAAAGUCGUACGAUACGUAUAAUUGAUACGUUAUAUGUGUGAUAUUACAUCGAGACCGAGGGGAGAGUGACAGAGAGAGAGAGAGAGAAGCUGUUAAUUGAAAUUCUUAAACGACUACAAGCCAGCUCUAGUAUACGUUGGCUAGAUGAUGUUUUUAUAGUUGGUAGUUGAACGCGCGUCGCAGAGUUUUACAAGCCUUUACUCACGAAACGUCGCUUCUCCCGCGAUCACUGUUUGAGAUACAGUGACUUGUCGUAUAAAACUUGCGAGUUUUAUUAAUAAUUAUUACACAUUACAAUCGUGCAGAGUGCUGCCGCGAACGUGAGUUUUUCCAAAAGUGAGAAACAAAAGUAAAUAUAUAAACACGCACAUUUAUGGUGUCUAUGAUACGCGCUGUAUAAUAAUAAUAAUUGAUUGAGAAGACGCGCUGGACGCGUUCGGUAGUGUAAAUAAUAGUUUGUUCAAUUGCAUUACGUAAUACAUUAUACAACCGAAGUCGAACUCUUCGAUUCUAUUCAUCGUAUAGGUAAAGUAAGCAAUAAACGUGUGUGUAGAAGAGUCGUUGGUGGAGAAAAAAGAAACGUAAAGAACGGACAAAACCAGUGAUAAACAACUUAAAUUGUAAUAAAAGUGUCGUACGUUUCGUAAAGGAGUGAAAAGAUAAACUAAAACGUAGAUAAAUAUUUAUCGUACGAUCGACGUCGGCGAGUGUUUCUUACGUACGGUAACCGUUGAUCUCAAGGCUCGGGGAAAAAGGUAAUUUUGAAUGACCUUUCUACUCUGCGGUUUCGUCUUCAACUCUUCAUCUUCUUCGUCCUCUUCGUCGUCUUUGCGGGCGAGGAAAGAUAGGGAAAAAAAUCAAAUGCCAGUCGCGUCGGAAGACGACUGGGUUUUGCACCCUCCUAAGAUCAGCAGCUCCAUCACAACGGUCAAGGGUGGAACCAUACAGAGCACAACCACCGCCUGGAUGUCGCCUUACGCCGCCUGCAGGAACAACGAUUCGCACAACGACAACGACAAACCUACGGGCAACAACAACAACGGCGUUAUGAUUCUUGAGGGAUGCAGACCGCCGGCAGCGACAACCGCGAGACGAUUUCUCAAGUGGUUCAGUCGACUCGGACAACCGCCCAACGGUAAAUCAGGUGUGCUGGAGAUGGCGGCCACUGAAAGCACGAUCAGAUUCAGCGGUCAUACCCUGGACAAAGCCACGAAAGCCAAGGUGACGUUAGAGAAUUACUACAGUAAUUUAAUCGCUCAACACAUCGAGCGUAAGCAAAGGCUCGCGAAGUUGGAGGAGUCGUUGAAAGACGAGGGUCUAUCCGAGCAGCAAAAGCAGGAAAAGAGGCUGCAACAUGCCCAGAAAGAAACUGAAUUUCUACGUCUGAAACGCUCGCGGUUGGGCGUCGAGGAUUUUGAACCACUCAAAGUAAUCGGGAGAGGAGCUUUCGGAGAGGUAAGAUUGGUCCAGAAGAAGGACACUGGUCAUGUUUAUGCUAUGAAGAUACUGAGGAAAGCAGACAUGCUUGAAAAAGAACAAGUUGCACACGUCAGAGCAGAGCGAGACAUCCUUGUCGAGGCUGAUCAUCAAUGGGUUGUUAAGAUGUACUACAGUUUUCAAGACCCUAUUAAUCUCUAUUUGAUUAUGGAGUUUUUACCUGGUGGUGACAUGAUGACCCUACUGAUGAAGAAAGACACACUUUCUGAGGAAUGCACGCAAUUUUAUAUAUCCGAAACCGCAUUAGCUAUAGAUUCUAUACACAAACUGGGUUUUAUUCAUCGAGAUAUCAAACCGGACAACCUUCUGCUUGAUGCGCGGGGUCACAUCAAACUGUCAGACUUUGGUUUGUGUACCGGACUUAAGAAGUCGCACCGAACUGACUUUUACCGGGAUCUCAGUCAGGCGAAACCCUCAGAUUUCAUGACGUCGUGUGGAUGCGGAAGUGGAGGAGCAAUGGACAGUAAGAGAAGAGCCGAGAGUUGGAAAAGAAAUCGAAGAGCUCUAGCCUACAGUACAGUCGGUACACCAGAUUACAUAGCCCCUGAAGUUUUUCUGCAAAACGGUUACGGUCCGGCAUGCGAUUGCUGGUCACUAGGCGUUAUUAUGUAUGAAAUGUUAAUAGGUUAUCCUCCGUUCUGUAGUGAAAAUCCUCAAGAAACUUACAGGAAGGUAAUGAAUUGGCGCGAAACGUUGAUAUUCCCUCCUGAAGUACCAAUUAGCGAGGAGGCCAAGGACACUAUUGUUAGAUUCUGCUGUGAAGCAGAUAGAAGAUUGGGCUCUCAAAGAGGCAUAGAAGAAUUAAAGCUUGCGCCAUUUUUCCGAGGAGUUGACUGGGAACACAUACGAGAAAGACCAGCAGCAAUCCCAGUAGAAGUGAGGUCGAUUGAUGAUACAUCCAACUUUGACGAGUUCCCUGACGUCAAGCUUGAAAUACCGUCAGCACCGCUGCCGCAAGAUGGGGAGGUGAUAUACAAGGACUGGGUAUUUAUCAAUUACACUUUCAAACGAUUCGAGGGUCUGACUCAGAGAGGUACCCCGACCAAGAAAUAGCAAGCCUCGAUUAACCCGUGCUCGACUGUCAACCACCAAACACAAAGCGGUGGAUCGAUUGAUCCGGUACUGGUGCACCAUAAUCACAAUUCACCUCAGCACCAUCACCACCAUCACCACCACCACCACCACCACCAUCACCACCACCGUCAUAACCGUUAUCAUCACCUCACAGGGGAGUGAAAGUCAUCACUUUGGAUAAUAGACUUUGGUUGUAACUGAGGUCUGCAAUGAAAAUUUUCAGAGACUCUGCAGAAUACAGAGAUGAACGAUGAUGAUGACGAUGAUGAUUUCUGGUUAAUAUGUCGGCGUGAAAUAUGAGGCUAUUCAUUUAAUCGGAAUGAAGACAUGAAACAGUUGUUCGGAUAUCGAGGAACGACGUUAAGUACAAAAGAUCUGAUUAUGAGCAUGCGUUGGGGUUACGUCUGGAUUGGAUACUAAGAAUUUAAAAACCCAAUGAUUUAGGGUAGGAUAUCGUCAAAAGUAAGGAAGGUAUUUACAAAUCGCAACCGUACUAACGAGAUAUUGAGAAAAAUUCCAAUUGGUAUGCGCGGGCGAAAGCGGCUGACUUUUGAUAGAAGUUUAUCAAUCGCGGCAAAAAGUUUUGUCUAAAUGGAAAAAAAAAAAAAAAAAAUUGGAUUUCUUGCUAGUUAUGAAACACGGCUUUUCUCGCUCUUUUAUUUCUUUUCCCUAUUGAAUAAAAAAUCUUGAAAGACAUGCACGGAUAAAUGUUUAAAUUUGAAUUAUGAAAAGUUCGAUUUUGCAACUUUUACUAAGCUUGGUAUAAUCUUCGUGUGCAAAUUACGCGUGCGCAUUAGUACGGGAAAUAUAUAUAACUCGCGUUAGUACGUUGCUAAUAUAUGAUGCGUUUUGAAUCAGUUGACGAUAUUAUGCGAUAUAUCGUUGCUAUUCUAUUGACAAAUAAUUUUUACGACGCUGAUAGUUGAUGGUCUGAAGAAUUAAGACACCUGCGAAUGAACAUCAAGCAGCAGCAAGAUGAGCAAUUUUCGAAAUAACAAUUUGGUCACAAUAAAAGAUAGAGCUAAAAAUGACUUGUAGUAUUGUUUCUCAGGCAACUAUGAUUUUGGUUCUUAUUCCUGUUCAUUGAAUAGAAACUCUUUGAACUUGGCAAUGUUCGUUUUGAAAAUAAAAAAAAAAAUUAAUCUCUCAAUUAACAAAAAAGACGGAAGUUUAGAACGAGAUGAGUAACUUUACAAGUGAGCAGUUAAGAUGAAAAGAAAUGAUAAAUUCAGGGCUCCUUCGCUGCCUUAAUAAGGUUCCUAACACACGUGACACGGGGCGCAACAUCAGUACGUUUAGACGAGCCAAAUAAAUGAGAAACAAUAAAUAUUAACAAUAACAGUAAGAGAUAAUAAUAGUAAUAUUCAUGGUUAUGAUGAAAACAGACGUUUUUGGAUAAUAAAAGAACGGUGAAGAUAAAAAUGUGAGAAAAGCAGUUGCAAAAAUUUAACAAGCACAUCGGCAUAGCAUAUUUACAUAUGCUUUACCGAACGUAUUUUUAAAACGAACACGGAAUGUUAUCAUUUAUGAGUCGGUACAACCGUAACAAAGAUGCUGUUGCUAUCCAGGGCACCUCAUAAUAGUAGUAGAUGAUAUUUAUAAUAAAUAAUAAUAAGUUUAUUAUAUUACAGCAGGCAGUAAUAAUCAAUAAUGGUGUUUGAUCGACAAUACUGCAUAAGUUUACGAGGUGUUUGCGUAUAGCUAACCAUCGUAUGAAUACUAGGAUGAGAAAUCAGUUUGUUACGAAUUGCAUAGUGUGUCCAAUAAAUCAUAAACUAUCGAGUUCCGGCGUAUGCGUGGUUGGGGAAAAAAAAAAAAAAUGGAUACUUAGAAUAAAGUAAAUAUUUUAAAUGUAUAAAAAAGGAUAUCUGACAUUAAAUAAAAUGAGAGAGAGCUACAUAUUUUCUGCAUUGAACAAAAUAAAUUAUAAUCCAAAUCUAUGUAGUGCAAAACAUCGGUUGUUGUUCAACACAUUCACCUUCAAAAAUUGCAAUGUGCUUACCUGCUUCUGAGAAUCUCCUUGUAGCAAGCUUGAUGUUAGUUACUGCGAACAUAUUAACGGGUGGAAAAAGAACAUGUGAAUAUGCCAAUGUGUUAAAUGAACGGCUGAUAAACUAUUUAAUACAUAUACAUAUACAUAUUUAUAUUAAUGAUAUUUCGCUGUUGAUUACAGAUGCUAACGUCCAUGCCAUUAAUUUAAAACUAAACAAAAAUCGAAACGAUUACUUGACAUAAAUACAAAUAAAAAUGAUAGCUGCAACGUAAUUUAAAAAAAAAAAAGUAAAAAUUUUCUCUUAAUUAAAUACAAUAGCCACAAGAUGCCUUUAAUACAGCAAAUUUUGGUGCCCUGGAAGCAGUGUAACGAAUAAAUAUUAUGAUUACGAAUACGAAUACUUUCGAGAUUAAGGUGAAAAGAGAAUUACAGCGUAAAUGAUGUCGGAAUGAAAUUUUGAACAUACAUACAUGUAGGUUAUAAUCAGUGAACAUUAUUUAUUUAUUGAAUAUAUAGGUACUACUGGCAAUCUAUGUAUUUAUAUCAGACGUUUACGUAAACACGUAAUAUCAAGAUAAAAAGGAACUAGAUUACAUACAAUGACUCUUCUUGGUGUACACUGUACAUAAUAACGAAUCGACUAAAUGUUACGUAUUAAAAAUAUUAAGCAGUUUAAUAAUCCAAUCGUUCAAUUAUUAUUCAUCAUAACAUACCUAAACAAUGCUUCACGUAAAUCAUCUUACAGGUGUGUUCAUAAACGUACGGUAUGAUUAUGCACACAUGUGUAUAUACAAUACACGCAUAUAUAUGUGCAUGUAUAUAUGUAUGUAUAUAUACACAUAUUUAUGUACAACCACAUAUUUAUAUAAGCAUACAAAUAUCAAUGUGACAGUUAAAAUCGCGCUCCUCGCCGCAUUCUUUUAUUAUUAUAUUAAUAAUAAUUAGUUUACUAAUUUACUACUAUUAAAUUUAACACCAUGAUAGAUCUCUCUUUGCUGACUCUGGCUAUUAUUGUUAUAGUUAGAUUCAGUUUUCAUUUUAAUUAUUAUUCCUAACGGCGUUCGGCGUCUCUUUAAUCGGAGGACACGAUUAAUACGAUGUUUAUAAGUACAGGAUCCCCAGUUUCAAUAUCUCUAAUAGAAUAUCUUGUUUGAGUUCGAAACUUUUGUGACGUUCGUCAAGUUGAGAUUCAAAAUUCAGAUCGCUUCGGUCCAAUUUUGAGAAACACUAUUCAAUAUUAAAUUAACGUACGAGAACGUGAAAACGGCAAUUUUAAAUUCUAACUGCAAUAGAUUUUCUAUUGACUUUAUUUUGUAAAAGUUUCCAGAUUUAAAAAUUAUCGAACACAGAUUUGAAGCUGCUCUCGUUACUAAUUUUGCACGUGAAGCUUUUAAGCGGUGUAAAACGAACUUCUUAACAUGUGAUACAAAGUUAUUCAACUAGUUAAGCAAUUUUUAAUCAACCUUUCAAUAUUUAUUUGCAGUUUGAAUAAUGAUCUGUGCACGGGCAAAAUGAAGUGAAUCAAAUUUUAUUCCCGUUAUUUAUAUAAAACAAAACUAAAGAAAAAGGAAACUGGUACAAAAAUAUUGCUGAAUUUUGAAUCCGACAGUCCCGACAACAAUACUAUGUAAACCCAAAUACACGAGUGGAACCCAAUUUUUUUCUUGUCCUUAUUUUGUACAGUAAUUUAGUUGAUUUUUGUUAGCUGGAUUUGAAUAGUUUUAAGUAGAAAUUGUAACGAUUGUAUUAAAAAUGUAAUGAUUUGUUAUUAUACAUGGUGACCGGCGUUGUGGCGUAUCUUGAAUAUCAAUUCAAUUACAAACUGAAUUUUUCGCGUAGGUAUGUUUUGAAAAACGAUUUCAUAAAGAGAACUUGAUAAUCGGGUGUUGCCAUGUCUCUAAUUAACGGCGGUUUAAAUUAAUUAUUCGUAAACCAAUAUCUCUUAAUAGUUGUUUAUUAACACACAAAGAAUAAAAACACACACAUACACGCAAAAUGACAAGUGAAUGCAACAAUUUCAUAGUAGGCUUGUGAUUAAAUUAAAGAAUUAAUAUUAUUAUUGAAGAAGGAAAGAAGUAAAAAAAAUAAAAAAAAAAAAACAUUAUGAGAAACCAAUGUAUAAA